AUGUUUUCCAGACUUGUUCGUGCGCGCCCACUGGGUCAGUUGGGUCGUUUCUCGGCGCCCGUCGCCCGCCGAACUGUGACCACCAACGCUGCCUCAGCUCACGCAGAAGAUGUUCCCACCGAAGAUGAUAAGCCUUUCACAAUCAAGCUCUCUGAUGAGAGUUUCGAAACAUACGAGCUCGACCCUCCGCCAUAUUCACUGGAAGUCACAAAGAAAGAACUUAAGCAGAUGUACCGUGAUAUGGUAGCGGUGAGACGCAUGGAAAUGGCGUCUGAUCGACUUUACAAAGAGAAGAAAAUUCGAGGUUUCUGUCAUUUGUCGACCGGUCAAGAAGCUGUCGCCGUUGGUAUCGAACACGCACUCAACAGGGAAGACAAGCUGAUUACCGCUUACCGAUGUCACGGUUUUGCGUAUAUGCGCGGCGGAACGAUCAAGUCGAUAAUCGGCGAGCUGCUCGGUCGCCGGGAGGGCAUUGCCUAUGGCAAGGGUGGAUCUAUGCAUAUGUUCGCACCAGGAUUCUACGGAGGCAAUGGAAUUGUUGGUGCCCAGGUCCCGGUGGGUGCUGGUUUGGCAUUCGCCCAGCAGUAUGAGGGAAAGCAGAACGCGACUGUUUGCUUGUAUGGUGAUGGCGCAUCGAACCAGGGACAAGUAUUCGAAGCCUUCAACAUGGCCAAGUUAUGGAAGCUCCCCGUCAUUUUCGGCUGCGAAAACAACAAAUACGGAAUGGGUACCGCAGCUAACCGUUCUUCCGCCAUGACCGAUUACUACAAGCGUGGCCAAUACAUUCCAGGCCUGAAGAUUAACGGGAUGGACGUCCUUGCCAUCAAGGCCGCUAUCAAAUACGGCCGCGAAUACACCCUGGCCGGACACGGUCCUCUCGUCUACGAAUACGUCACAUACAGAUACGGUGGACAUUCCAUGUCCGACCCGGGCACCACAUACCGCACCCGUGAAGAAAUCCAGCGCAUGCGUAGCACCAACGACCCAAUCGCAGGAUUGAAGCAAAAGUUGCUCGACUGGAACGUUACGACCGAAGAGGAAUUGAAGACGAUUGACAAGGAGACUCGUAGCUAUGUGGAUGCUGAGGUCGCAGAGGCUGAGAAGAUGCCUGUUCCCGAUGCUACCCCACGCAUUCUGUUCGAAGAUAUCUACGUCCGCGGCAGCGAACCCCUCUGGAUGCGUGGCCGUACUGUUGAGGAGACUUUCUACUACUAA